AUGGAAGAGACCACCAACAGUUCUACAGCAAAAAGGUAUGCUGUGGUUACAGGAGCCAACAAAGGAAUUGGACUAGAGAUAUGUCGACAGCUAGCAUCUAAUGGAGUUACAGUAAUAUUAACAGCCAGAGAUGAGAAAAAGGGUGUCGAAGCUAUUCACAAUCUUAAACUUUCUGGACACUCAGAUGUGUUUUUUCAUCAACUUGAUGUAAAAGAUCCUGCCAGUAUUGCUUCAUUCGCGAACUACUUACAAACGCAUUUCAAAAAACUCGAUAUCCUGGUCAAUAAUGCAGGAAUUAGUGGAGUUAUUGUAACAGAUCAUGAAGCAUUAAGAGUCUUCGUAGAAGGAGGGGGUAUAGUGAGCGAUGAGAAUGCCCACCUAUCGGAGAGAUUCAUGAAGCAAACUUACGAAAGAGCAGAAGAGUGUCUCAAAACAAAUUAUUAUGGAACCAAAGGAGUAACUGAAGCACUUCUUCCUGUCCUGCAACUCUCCAAUUCAGCAAGAAUAGUGAAUGUCUCCUCCAUUUGCGGACAACUAAGAUUUAUCCCCAACGAGAAGGUCAAAGAAGAUCUGCAAAACGUCGACAGCUUAACAGAAGAUAAAAUAGACAAGAUUUUGCAGUGGUUUAUAAGGGAUUUCAAGGAGAAUAAGUUGCAGGCAAAUAGGUGGCCUCUUAUAGCGCCGGCUUAUAAUAUUUCCAAAGCUGCCAUAAAUGCCUAUACGAGACUUGUUGCAAGGAAAUUUACUGAUUUCCGUGUAAAUUGUGUUCAUCCUGGAUAUGUCAAAACAGAUAUGAAUGGUAGCAUGGGAAACUUGACUCCCGAGGAAGGUGCUAGAGCUCCUGUAAUGCUGGCUUUGUUGCCUGAUGAUAGUCCUUCUGGCUUCUACUAUGAUCAGAUGCAUGCAUCCAGCUUCUGAUAAAAAUAGCCUGCAAGUAUCUGAGUUCGGGUAACUUUUGUUGAAUGAUAGUCUUUUUAUACUUCUUAUUGCUAU